AUGGUCCGAAGCCCAGCAAGCAUGGCUGCCAUCGAUCGGGAGUUGGCGGCGCAAUUUGGCCCUCGCACGUUCAUUUGGAACAGAAGGAGGUGCUACGGUACCCAGUUUCAUUUGGAUGUCCUGAACGGCAAGGAUGAAGACGCCAUUCGACAACUUGAGCAAGCUUCUGCUGUGGUGGACGGUGCCUUCGCCUAUGUUACUUAUUUUGACAAUGGACGGCAGAUCUGUACCGGCCAAGCCAUUCAUCUAGCAGCAAGCCGCGGCCACCUGUCGACGGUGAAAGUACUCCUGGAGAAGCGCGCCGACCUCCAUAGCAUGAUCACGAAGGAUGGUAGAGACCACUCUGAUGUGAUGCACGCGGCCGUGUUCCGAGAGAGGCGUGGAGGCUCCGGCGAGAUGAUUGGCUACCUUUGCAGCCAAGGUGCAAACAUUCAGAGUCAGAACUCCUUGGGGCUGUCAUGCUUGCAUAUGGCGUUCAGUACAGGGAAUGUUGAGACGAUACGAGCUGUCCAGCAGGCCUUGAAAGGUCACCAGGGUUGGCGCACUGAGGAUGACGGUGGCCUCAGCUUGCGUGGGGAGACCGCGUUGGAGUUCGGAAUCAGAGGUGGCAAGUGCAGUGUCCAGACCUUGGCAGAGUUGGCUCCAAUCACUGGCAGCAGUCUCCGGUCUUUCAUACAUCAUGCCCCCGAGUGCAUCCCGCUGUUCCUGAGCUACGCCUUUGCGAGUCACCAGGAUGGCCAGCGCGUGGAGCAGCUCCUGGCGCAAGAGCUAACCUCCAAAGACAUGGCGCAGCUUUUGCGCCUCAAUCCUGAAGUUGCAGUAGUGUUGCUGCACCUCUUUACAGCCGCACCGGAGACCAUGGGCGAGGAACUUGCUGGAGAUGAGGGUUGGCAUCCGCUUCCAAAGAGAGUUUCCUUCGGGAGUCGGGUUGUGAGCCUCCUUGGCCUUUUCGGUUUGCAAGCAUCAUGGUUUCAUCGCAUUCGGUGUUUCUACGAAGCAGACACGGUUUGGCGUUUCGAUGCCGAGACUCACACAGCCCCCGACUGGCAUCGCAAAGUUACGGAUCUCAGAACACCCCCCAUGCUGGAGGCUUGCAUCCGGGUCUGCUAUGUACCGAACCUUAUCUCGGUUGACAUCUUCCGAGCCCUCUCCUUUCACACUGGGUUCCACACUCAAGACGCCCCUGCUGAAAGCAUCUUCGGCUCAAUCCCCAUACGCGCUGCAGUGUCCUACACUUUCUGGAAGGGAGCUCUCUGGGUAGAGACUUUGCAGUGGCUGAUUUCUUUGUGGGGGCUCGGGCUUCUAGUUCUGCAGGCUUCGUCCGGACAUGAGCUGUCUAUGGGAAGUGACCGCAUGCAUGGUCAUUUGCAACACACCAAUCAAGUUGUCGCGGACUGGAUCAUCGCCAGAGGAUGCGUGGAUCUGUUUUUGGAGCUGGCCCAGCUCUGGGGGUGUGUUCGCACGCAGCACUUGUCAGUCUACUUUACUUUUGGUAACUUCUGGGACCUCGUGCGCAGCAUGCUUCCAACAAUGCUGCUUCUUCACCAUCAGCCGUACCGCCUGCUGCAGCUUCUCAUCGUGCUGAUCUACUGGAUGCGGCUGUGGGAGUUCUCGAUUUUGUCGGACGAAUAUGGGCCAUCUCUCCUCCCCAUUCAGCAGCUUUUGAGCGGCCUUUCUCCGGCUCUAAUGUUCACUGUCGUAUGCUUUGCUGCAUUGACGCAUGCAAUGCAUACGGUUCAGGCCAACCCUGGCGGCCUGUGGUCGGAAACUGUUUAUCAUGCUUUCACCACGCUUAUCGCGCAAGGUUUGCCUGAGCAGCCUCCAGCUGACCGGCUGGAGCUCAUGCUGUUGUAUGGAGGUGUUCUUUUCUUUUCUGUCUUCGUCCUGAACAUCUUCAUCGGCAUCAUCGGGGAACAGUAUUCGAGUGAAAGGGCUUUGGCUACUCACAAGUUCUAUGCCGCGAGGGCCUCCUCAUGCUUGACAUACUUGGUGCGAGCUUCAGUGAUUCCCUGUGACCUUUGCAGCUCGGUCGUGGCUGGCCUGCUGUGUCAUGGGUGUGCUUUCGCUGCGUUGCUUGCGCAGAUACUGGCGCUCGCAUAUGGAUGGAAGUUGCCUGAACCGUGGCAGCUGUUGGCUUUUGUGUUCUGUCAGAUGACGAUGGUCAUCUCUGCCUUCCAAUGCCGUGGAUCGGACCUACCAUGGGCCACGUCACCAGAGACCGAGUGCUACUCUUCGCUUGCCCCGUCUCCUCGAGGAAGAUGCUCCCCGCAUUCCAGGUACCUGUGGAUCAUCGAGCCCCGCCAGGACUUUGAGGCUCGAAACUCACUGGGGGCUCUGUCGGGUUCUCGCCAUGAGCCCUUGCGAAGCUUCUCGCGCUGGGACUCGGCGGCAGCACAGGCAGACGCGCAAGGCCAGGUCAGUUCGACGGAGUGCAGGCAGCUGAUGACGAUGCUGCGUGAAGUCUUGGACGAGCUAAAGGUGUUAGUUGUUGAGCUUGCCCUGUGCUAG